AUGAGAGCAACAAUCAUAUACACCAACGACCUUCAGUGUUUCAACUGCCACAAGGUCGACAGCUAUAUUUUCACAUACUUCACAAUCCAAUACUUUGAGCCAGUUCUCGACUGGGACAUCAUUGCAUACAAGGAGAUUCAGAGCCCUAAACUCACCAAUCCAGGCACAAGCAAACCAUUCCAAGCUUGCUUCCAGUUUGGCAAAAUCUUCUCAGCCUACUACAACAAAUUCCAACAUGACUAA